AUGCAAGAUUUUUCAUCACUUGCAAAAGCUCCCAUCAAAUUUGAUGUCCGACAGGGUCUUAAAAUUCCUUUCUCCAAAGUUCCAUUUGUCAACAUUGCCCGGGAAGCAAGGGAGUGCCACUAUGGACCUGGCAGAAGUAAGCCAAAGUAUACUGAACCGGAUGACCCAAACCGAGAGAGAAGAAGAUUAAGAAGGAUAAAGAAAAUGGGAUGUCCAGCCAUCAUCAAGAUUAAAACUGUCAUCUACCUCCCAAGAUUUAAGGUUUCUGAUCCAGUAACAAAAUACAAAAUCCGACUGGCAGUCAAUGAAAUGCGUACUCAGGAAGUGAGACCAGAAGACAAGCAGAUGGUGUUUGUACUGUUCUGUAACAAGCACCAAAACCACCCUGGAUUGAAGUACACUGCUGCCUCAGUAAGUCAGGGUGAUAUUCAUGAUUUGGUACCAGAGCCGAUAAGUGAAGAAAUAGUACCAGCUGACUGCAGCAUUGAGUCAUGGUUGAAUUCCUGUAAGAUUAGCAAGCAUGUAAAGUCAUUCCACGACAGAGGUUACUACUUUACCCGACAGCUCGGACAUAUCACCUUUGACGUGAGAAUGCUUCGGCCAUUUGAUAAAGAGCUAUUUGACUUAUCCUAAAUUAAUACACAUGGGCCUCACUCUGGGAAAAUGGGGCUAAACACAUAUAAGUAAAGAGUCACCCAUAUAAGCCAGUGCAGUGCGCACAAGCUUAUCAAAGAUGACAUUUUCUGGCUAGACUGGAUUUUGUUUAGAAGAGACUUGAUUUAAACUAAAAAUUUGAUAAAAGCGGAAAGGCUUGUCCCUGGUUA